AGUCUCAUUUCCCGUUGGCCGCAGAUGUGUUUUCGUCGUGCCGAAUACCCGAGCCCUAGCACCCACGAAAGGGGCCAACGAAGAAAGUGGGCAGCUGCGUCCGGGGACGUCGUGUCUACCUAGAUCAGUGUGUCUUGAGCGCUAUCUACUAGUAUCAACCUCCCGCCGGGUUUUGACGUCACAUUGAGCACCCAGCGGGCAUCUCUUAGCUGCCCGCCGCCCCCUUGGACGAAGACGGUGACUUGUCGCCAGCCUCCAUGCCACUGAGAUUCUCUCGGUGCUGCAGGAUCUGAACCGCUCCCAGCCGUCACCCUUCCUUGGACCAAAGAAGCUAGGCCCCCAGUCCAGCUGAGGCGGUCUUGGCAGCAGCAGGCGCACUCAAAAGGCUUGCGCCAGAGCUGCAGCCGCAGUUCGGUUUGGCGCAAACUUCUCUUGGCAUUUUCUCGCGUCUUGUUUGGUUCCCAAAGCCGAGCACCAAGUCAGCGCCAAGCUCCAACCUCUCCAACCCGAUCAACGCAUUCCCGAGCUUGCAUUGCGCCGAAUCAGCCAUCUGGAGGUGAGUUUUACUGUGCGGGGACAUGGGGGUAUAUCGCCGCGUCUGGAACCACUGGCCAAUGCUAGACCGUCUCCAUCCAGCCUCGGCAGCCACCAUGGUGUCGACCGCAGCCGACGCUCCCGCCGGCGCGGACGGGCAACAGAUGGACCAGCCUUCGAGUCCUCCUCCCCCCGCUGCCACGCCGAGCGACGAGUCCGCUGCCCAGCCAAGCGCCGAGAACAACAAUUACACCCCGACGGCGCCUGUGUCAUCACCCCCGCCGCAGAAUGGCCACGUCGCCGACGCCCCGAGCGGCGUCAGCUCGCCGCCGCCGCCGCGCGAGCCGUCGAGCCCGCUGUCGCAGCUAAAGCACCGCUUCACCGAGAAGGCCGAUAGCGUCAAGGAGAAGAAGCCCGCGGGCGGGUUCGACCGGACGCCACUGCCCGACUUCCCGGCGGGGCUGACGGUCAGGAUCACGUUCCACGGCGCCACGAACCUGCCGCGCGGCGACUUCACCACGGCCUCGUCGGACCCCUUCGUGCACGCCACCCUGACGGCCGACGUGCCGCGGCGCCACAAGGAGGACCCGCCGCUGACGUUCCGGACGCGGACGCAGCGGCGCACGACGGAGCCCGAGUGGGAGCAGGCGUGGGUGGUGGCCAACGUGCCGCGCACGGGCUUCAAGCUCAAGUGCCGCAUCUACGACGAGGACUAUCCGGACAACGACGACCGGCUCGGAAACGUCACGUACGUCGCGCGCCGCCUCGACGAGGCCUGGGAGGGCGUCGCGCGCCGCAACUUCCAGGCCAAGAAGCGCGUCGGCAGCAAGCGCGCCUAUUUGGUCAAGGCGCUCGAGUCGGCCUUCACCCGGAACGGGUCCCUCACGCCGCGCCUAACGCUAAGCGUCGAGGUCCUCGGCCGCUCCGACGGGCCCGGCGCCCAGAUGUACACGGUCGGCCCGACCACUUUCGUGCAGCACUUUAGCCCCAUGAUCGGGCGCCUGACGGGCACAAAAGUCAACAAGGACGAGGUCAAGGAUGGGCAGGCUGACGUGGGGGAGGCGUCCGGCGCCGGCAAGGAGGGGGAUGCAGGCCAGGACGCGGAAAAGAACAAGGAGGCGGAUGAUGGACAAACCAAAAAAUACGACUUCCAAGCGUGCGAGAUGCAGCUCCAGGGCCCUGUGCCGCCGUGGCUGUACCACCGCUUCGUCGAGUUCAGUCGGUUCGUGGCGCCCAUGUUCUCGUCGCGGGGCCUGCGCGGCAAGAUCAUGAACAAGGUGCUGCACAAGCAGCACCGCCGCGUCUACAACUUUGACCAGUCGACAAAGUACGGCGCCUUUGAGCCCUGCUCGACCGAGGCGGCCCUGCAGUUCCUGCGGCUGGCGCACUUUGACGAGGGGGGCCGCGUCUUCACCUACGUCCUCACGCUCGACGGGCUCUUCCGCUUCACCGAGACGGGCAAGGAGUUUGGCAUCGACAUGCUGUCCAAGCACACGAUGCACUCGGACGUGACCACCUACAUCGCCUGCUCGGGCGAGUUCUUCAUCCGCCGCUCGGAGCGGCCGCCCCAAGACGCCCACGCCGACGCCGCCCCGAAACCGGACCCGGACACGGACUCCCAGGAACCCGCGACGCACCCGCCCUCCGACGUGCCAGACGGCCCGCCCGCCAGCCCGCCGCCGUCGGACCCGCGCCUGUACCAGCUCGUCAUCGACAACGACUCGGGCACGUACCGGCCCGACAAGUCGUGCCUGCCCGGGCUCGAGGAGUUCUUAUCCAAAAACUUCCCGGGCCUCGGCAUCUCGGCCCUGCACUGGGAGGACGAGGAUCUCAAGGCCAUGAAGGCGGCCCAGCACGAGGCCAAGAAGAAGGAGGGCGGCGGCCGCGUGCGCAUGGUGCUCAACCGCAGCCCCAGCUCGUCCUCCUUUAGCUCCUCGGACGAGUCCCGCCUCUCCGACAUGGGCUACGAUGACGGUGACGAUGCCAAUGCCGGCAGGCCCGCCCGCAAGACCAAGAAGGAGCUCGCCUGGGACCUGCUCGAGAACCCGGGCCGCAUCCGCGAGAUUGGCGGGCAGGCCCUCGGCGGCGGCGGCGGAAGCGGAAGCGCAAGUGGUCCCGCGGUAAAGCCGGCGGCCGCUCCGGACGUGCUUGUCGAGGGGGAGAAGAAGGCGGCGUCGGCGGCCCCCUAAACAGCACCCACCUGGAAAAUUUCUAGAGGGGGGAUCCUUCCCGGCUGCGAGGAGCUAGUGGCGGGGGAUCGUCGCUGUGAGGAUCUGCGCCCGUUCGAACCAAUUGCCAUACACACACACAUACACACACACACACACACCAUUUUCUUGUUAGUGGGUGUGACACUGACUAACAAACGUGCGCCUAGUUCUAGUCACGUUGUCACCCUUUUUCCACUCCUACCUAGGCGCUUUGCGGAUUGGUCUGCUCGAGUGAUUGGGCCGCUUUCCCCUUACUCCCGCCAUCGUUAGUUACACCCCUUGGGCUUCGACCGUCUACCGCAUUAAACAACCCUACGCCGUCUUUUCCGCAUUCUCAUGACAUCUUCGCGCUACUGCCCGUUUUCAUGACUUAUGCUCUCCCACGUUGGCUUGCUCUUCAUUGUCCCCGCUCCUCGGCCAACGGUCGCGCUAAUGGCGACGCUGCUUGGCCAUCAGCAUGGUCUCCGCCUCACACCUUUGCAGACUCUUGGCCUUGUCAUGAACCGGUUCUUUCCUAGCCUAAUAUUCGCUAUAGUUGUCCUUGGGGACACUGCCUGUUACUCCCGUUUAAUGGUAUACCCUAAUCGUCAUGAUUAUUCCAAUCCUUCAUGAUUUAAAUGAAACGAGACAAAAACAAUGGUGCCGACCCGAUAGAAACCCAAAAUCUGAAAUGGAGCUAAAAAAUACCCCUGUUGAACCAAAAGAAUCCGCGCGCC